CAAUCCCACAUAUCGAGCCCAUUUCCUAUGCCCUCAACCUCCAAUCAUCAUUUACUGCUCACAAUAUUCCUUAAUAAAUUCCCACUGAGACAAUAUGGCUGAAUUUGAUUACCCAGUCCGGCCAGGUAUCCCCAGCCAGAACCCAGUUCACCCCGAACCGCCCUACCGUCCUUACUGGGCACGAAGCCCCGUCCAGUACGCGCAAGACCUUCUUGGAUAUUCCGAAGAUCCAAUCGAAUACGAUAACAACGAUCGCGAUUACUGGGACAACUGCUUCUUCUUCCCCGAAGACUGUUCUUGGUCUCCGCCAAAGGGCUGGAUUAUCGAAAAGGAAACACUUGAACAGGAUAUCGCGCUUGGAGACUGCUACGAGCAGCACAACGAAGACAACAUGAUACCCGGCCUUCCGGACAUAAAAAUGCUGGAUGCGGAGGCACUCAGUGACCUCUUAGAGGAUAACCUGUCACCUCCGGAAAUCACCUCAAUGAUGGUAUUCGCUACCAAUGGCGCAAUUUUCGCAUACGCAUCCUCCCUCCCAUCCCGGCAGCUGCGCAACCUGAGCGCAACCUACGGUGCCGCGUAUACCUGCUACGCGAAGAAUGCAUCAUGUGGGAACCUUACAGGCGUGAACCCAGCCAGCCAUCCAUCAUCAUAUGUGACCACCCCAUCUGUAUCCCUGGGCGAUGUGGGAUCUAUUGUUUUUGAACUGGACGAUCUGGUGGCAGUUGUGACAAGAAUAGCCGACAAGGUCCUUCUUGCCGCAGUCGGGCCAUCGAAAAUAGGAGAUGCAGAAGACGCGGCGACGCCGAACGGGACACAGAGUCAUCUGAACGGAUCCUCACAACCCGGAGGCGACGACGCCGCGAAUGAUGGGAGGACAUAUGCCAGCGUUGUAGCAGCCAACGGAGGCCGUCAUGGCCCUAGCUCAGACGCGCAACUCGAAAGCCAGUACGAAAUCGACCGGAGCAGUGACCUGGCUCGUCUAGCGACUUUGAACCUUUCCGCCUCACCGUCUAUCCUGCUCGCGCUGGAGUCGAAAUCUGCAGCGUUAGGGAGAUUCUUGGGCCAGAAACUGGCGGAUCUCGAAAGUCCUGAAGACUUCUAAAGCAUGCACCUCUUAUUUCACUCACCCUCAAUACCUUCUUUCCCGUACCUUCGUCUGUACCAGCUGCAUAUUACUUUAUCUUUUGUUCCUUCGAACAGUGUAUCUAAUUCGGAACGAUCUCGCACGAUUCUCCCAGACGUUUUUUUACCUUUUGAGCGUUUCUAUUACACCGAUGCGGUAUAUCUCUAUCUCAUUCUUAUCUCACCUUUC